AUGAACGGCAAGGAAGCACGGCCUUAUCCACCCAGGACGAUUGGAAAUCCCGUCUCCGUUCAUCAUGUCAUCUCAGAUAGACUUAUGGGUCGUCGCAGCUUGGUGUACGGCAUGAUUCGCUCGCAUCCAACGCAAGGGGACGAGGAAUCCACGAUCAGGAUCGUACGGGGCCCUACACAUCUCCGCGUCCGGGCCGUUCCGUUGGCCAACGCUGGGUCUAUUCUUGUAUCCUUUCAGGGACUGGCUGGCCAUGACGACGCCUUGAAGGUGGUCAAGCGCCGGCCGGAUCAGCUGAGUCGGUCGGCGGAUAGUUUCCGUGGAACCGAUGCGGAGAUGUUCGAUCAGCCCUCAAGAGGGAAAUCAGAGGAAAAUAACUCCAAGCCUCCUAUUUCUAGUGUCCUCCUCCACCCACCCCACCCAACUCGCCCUCACACGGACUCGGCUGUCCGCUUGUCCGCCGCUCCAAAUAAACUUCUUGCCUACCUGCAUCGCGGCCUCUCCUGUCCGCGUCCUUGUCCGGGCUCUAGCCACGUGGAAUGGACUUCCUUUGAUGAUGGUGAUAUCGGCCUCAAGUUCACCGGCCUCAUCGCAGGCUCUGGUGAAGACCUGCGAAACUUGUGUUCGUGCGAAGAUUCGCUGCCUGCGCACUCCCGGUUCUCCGGUUUGCGACCGGUCGGUGAUCCUCUUCCCGUCGCAGCUACUGUUACUUCCGUCCUGCCCGCUCCCGCUACAAUCCCGCGAAAAGAGAAACGUAAGGCGACUUCCUUUCCCCCCACUCCCACGCCUUCGCAACUCCGCCAGAAGAUCACACGGGCUUACACGAUCCAUCUUCUCCUGGUUAUAGGCGCAUCGAAGCCCUCGAAGGGAAACGUGGACGGUGACACCAUGCCACUGGGGGAAUCCGGACAGCCGGCACGAGUGUCGCAGGAUGUGAUCUCCAGAGAGAUCAUCACCUUCGACCAUGCCGCUUCCCUCUUGGACGGCUUUCGUCGAACCAUGAUGCCGCACUUCCCAUUCGUUAUCAUCCCCGAGAAAACGACACUGCAAGAGUUGCGCGAACAGAAACCUUUCUUACUGCUGGCGGUUCUUACGGUUUCCCUGUACCAGAACCUCUCGCUGCGACGCAUUUUCAUGGAUGAGUUCCGGACCGCGGUAAGGGAACGGAUGCUGUUCGGAUUGGUAGAUUCUCCUUUCGAACUUCUGCAGGGGUUGCUUGUUAGUCUCGGAUGGUCACAAUAUCUAUACCAGCCACGCCAGUUCACGACCUACUUCCAUCUGUCAUUGAGUAUCGUUGUUGAUAUGUGGCUCGAUCGACCCCCUGAACUACGAAGCUGCUCUCGAUCAGAGUUCGGGCCCAACCAAAUGUCCCCGUCUCAUAUGGCGGCGGUUGCGCGGGAUGAAAAGAGAGCAGUCAUCGGAUGCUUCGUGAUUUCGUCAUGUGUGUCGAUAAUAAUGCAGAAGCGGUGCACCUUCCCCUGGACUCCCCACAUUGAGCGAUUCGCCAUGGAAUUGGCACAAGAUCCCGAAUAUCCAAGCGACCAAUUUACGAUCCAUCUCGUACGGCUCCAGCAUGUUCUCGAGAGAAUUGACGAGAUGUCGGUUGGCCAUCCACCAGGCAUGCAAGGCCGGAUUGCAGAAAUAGAACGUCACAUCUAUAACUUUCGACAAGAGAUGGAGGACUUCAAGGCCCAGCUAUCGUUUACAAAAACGAAUUGCCUCAUAAUCAGCAUGCAACUCCACACCUUAGAGUUGUACCUGACCCAAGUCAGUUUGUUCGAUAAAUUUCAUCCCAUAUCAUCCUACAACUACCCUUCUCCGACAACCUCCAAUCCGGAUGCACCGCCAUCUUUUCAUCCUCGACGACAAAGAGAGCCUUCAAUGCUCCCUACUUCCAUGCCGUUCCGAGUCGACUCGCUCUGCCGCGGGCUUAUUGCCGCAGAACGUUACUUUGAUUCCGUCUUGACUUGGCCGGUCGGCGUGGAACAUAACACCAGCUACAUGCAGUGGGUCCAGAUCGGGUUCAUUCUCGCUAUCUCCGCAAAACUAGCGGUAGCGGCGUCCGACCCGUGUUUCUAUCGAAACGAACGGGUUGGACCGCUGUGCGAUGCGCUCAACAUGCCCGUGGUUCUUCACAACUGCAGGAGGCGUAUGCAGGCGCUUUCCAGUUACGGCAUGGACGAGGCGGGUGAGCCAGAUGUAUACUACCAUUAUGAUCAAUGGCUGCGGCACAUUCAUGAAUGGUUCGAUCGGAAUUAUUGUCUGGCACAGCCGGAUGGCCUUCCGGCCCAGGCCCGAGUCCCAUCGUCUGUCUCGUCAUCUGUGCCCCCGUCUGUGCCUCCGUCUGUGCCUUCAUCUGUGCCGUCAUCUGUACCGUCAUCUGUACCGUCAUCUAUGCCUGCUUCUGGCCCUGUCCAGAUGCCUCCGGGAAACCCGCAGGCCACGAUGCACGUGGCGGCACCGUACUUCUCUCCGCAAUCGCGCGAUGGGAGUCAACCCGCACAGCUCUGUCCACCGGACAACACAGGGCUCUCAUGGCUGGAUACCUAUCAAGAUGCAACUACGGAAGAAAUCAUGAACGGAUGGAUGGCGUUAUCGGCAGUACCACUAUAA